ACAGUGUCCAGGGCUCGGUGACCGGUGUUCGGGAAAUUCGGGGUUGCCACCAUAACACGGUUAACCUUGGCACAGUCCGUAGUAUUUUUAUGCCUGUGUUUUUGUCGAAUAUCGAAAAGACUGUUCCACUGCAGUGUGCUGUAUAUAUAAAUCGUGCCCGCGCUGUUAUUCGUUAUUGUUCAUGCUUUUACAAUAUUAAAUUGCACGUCAAUCGCGGCGUGGUCGCGUUAAAUACAUAUUUACAGAUGCCUGCACCUAAUUAAUAAUUACGUCUCAUUACCAGACGAACGAAGAUAAUUAUUACACCUACUUCAAACGAACUCGUGUAAAAAAUUACCUAUGGAUACCAAUACAGUAUGGCGCGCCAGAGGUCGGGCUCGGGGGUCUAAUCCUCCUAAUCAAUUACAACAACCACAACAAUAUCGAAGACCUCGACCAAUGGUAUCACAAGUUAGAAAUAUGCAACCACAACCUGGUUCACAACAAGCAAUUAGACCACCAAGCGUUGAACAAGUAACGAGUAAAAUCAGUAGCUUGACAACAGGAGAUGUGCCAAUGCCAAUUGGUCGAGGUGCAGUUCGUGGUCGUCAAUCUAUAGAAAAUACAUAUUUUAGAUUAGUAAAACCAGAAUCUUCAAUCAGUGGAAAACAAGGAUUUACAGGUCAACCUAUUGAGUUAAUAUCAAAUUACUUUCCAAUAAAAACUUACACAGAUUGGAGUUUAUAUCAGUAUAGAGUUGAUUUUAACCCACCACAAGAUAGAAUAAAUAUUCAAAGAGGGUUAUUGAGUGUACACAAGGAGUUUUUAGGAACAUAUAUUUUUGAUGGAACAAUGUUGUUUAGUAGAAAAAAAUAUGAACCCAAUAUUUUAGAGCUGACAUCAAAACAGAUAAUGAAUGAUGAAAUAGUAAUAGUUACUUUAAAAUUUACUUCAGUCAUUGAAAAGGGUGAUUAUGUUUCUAUCCAAAUUUUUAAUUUAUUGUUACGUAAAAGCCUUGGUCAUUUGAAACUGACACUAGUUGGAAGAAAUUACUAUGAUGCAAAAGCAAAAAUUGAUAUUCCAAAGUAUAAACUUCAACUUUGGCCAGGUUAUGAGACUACAAUUGGAAUGUUUGAUAAUGGUCUAUUAUUACGGUCUGAAAUUUCAACCAAAAUUAUGAGGGAAGAGACCGUUUUUGAUUUUUUAAAAGAAUGUUUAAAGUCUAGAAAUGAAAACCCUAAUUGGAUGGUGAAAUUUAAAAUGGCCAUUAUAGGAAGUGUGGUUUUAACUAGAUAUAAUAACCAGACUUACCGAAUCGAUGAUAUUGAUGAGACAUCAAGUACUACAUCAACAUUUCUUAAAAAAGAUGGAUCUAGCAUAUCUUAUAUAGACUAUUAUAAACAAAGAUAUAAUAUAAAUAUCAGCAAUCAACGACAACCAAUGUUGAUAUCAAAAAAAAAGAAAUCUUUUAGAAUUGAAGGCGAGGAAACGGAGCUAGUGUACUUGGUUCCUGAAUUAUGUACUAUGACUGGAAUAACUCAAAAUAUGAUUAAUAAUAGAUUUCUUAUGCAAGAUAUAGCCCAGUUUACAAGAACAGAUCCUACAGAAAGAAUCAGCAAAUAUAAUACUUUUAUAAGACGGGUUCUUACUACACCCAUGUCUACAGAAUCAUUAACACAAUGGAAUUUAACAUUAAGUAAUAAACUCAUUACAAUUCCUGGUCGUGUAUUGCCACAAGAAAUGCUUUAUUCUGGUAAAAAUGAUAGUACAUAUCCAGCUGGUAUUAAUGCUGAUUGGACAGCUCACUUGCGUUCUUUACCCAUGUAUCGUCAUGCUGAAAUAUCAAAUUGGGUAAUAGUAACACCAUAUAUGUGGAGUUCUGAUGUUGGGCAAUUUACCAAUACUUUACUCAGGGUAGCUAAUAACAUGCAUUUUUCAUUAUCAAGACCAAGAAUAGUUGAAAUAAAGGAUACACAGAUAAAAACGUAUUCAGAUAGUUUGGAUCGUGUAGUUAAUGAAAUGAGUCCAUUAUUUAUUUUAUGCGUCAUUCUCACAGAGCGUAAUGAUCUUUACAGUGUUAUUAAAAGAAAACUAUGUAUUGAUAGAGGAAUUCCAUCUCAAGUUGUGUUGGCAAAACAAGUACAAAAAAACAAUAUGUCAGUUUGUACCAAAAUUGCCAUACAAAUUAAUUGUAAACUAGGAGGAGCACCAUGGCGUGUUAAAAUCCCUGAAUCAAAAAUGAUGAUAAUUGGAUUCGACGUUUAUCAUGAUAAGCAAAAUAAAAAUAAAUCUUAUGGUGCAUUAAUAGCCACAAUGGAUAAAUAUCACACUAAAUUCUUCAGCUGUGUUGAACCACACCAAAGUGGAGAGGAAAUUUCACCCUAUUUUGCAACGAGUAUAUAUAAGGCUUUAACUAAAUAUAAAAGCAUGAAUGAAGGUGCACUUCCUCAGUCCAUCAUUAUAUACAGAGAUGGUGUGGGAGAUGGACAGUUAUCAUAUGUCCAUAAAACCGAAGUUGAAAUGGUAAAGAGAACUUGUAAAGAUUUUUACGGAGAGCAAAAAGUCGGUUUGGCCUUUAUUAUAGUUAAAAAACGUAUCAGUACAAGAUUUUUUUGUAAAAAUAAAGAAAAUUAUAAAAACCCACCACCUGGAACAGUUAUUGAUAAUAGUGUCACUGACCCAACUAUGUAUGAUUUUUACCUGGUGCCUCAGCAUGUAACAAAGGGUACAGUUACGCCAACUCACUAUAAUGUAAUUGUGGAUACUCUCAAUGAAAUUCCUAGAACAAUAUUAAUUACACCAGAUAUUUUACAAAGACUUACUUAUAAGUUAACCCAUUUAUACUACAAUUGGUCGGGUACAGUAAGAGUUCCUGGUGUAUGUCAACUAGCACACAAAUUAGCAUUUUUGGUUGGAAAUUCACUCCAUACUUAUCCAAAUCCUAGUUUGGAAGAGUUUUUGUAUUUUUUAUAAGUUUUUUUCACUUUUUAUUAGUUAAUAUAGAUUUAAAUCAUUAAAUCUAAUAAAUUUUCAUGUACAAUA